AUGGGAAUUGAACCUAACUUUUAUAAAGAUAAGGAUAAAGAUAGGGAAGAAAGAGCUGCAGAAAGAGCUCAUCAGAAAGAACUAAAAGAACUAGAGACUAAACAAAAAGAGUUAGAGGCAAAACAAAAAGAAAGUCAGGACAAAGUAGAGUUGGCUAAAUUAGAAGCAGCAAAAAUCAACCCCAACAUUAUGACCCAGCAAACCAGUAACAAACCAUUUAUCUCCAAAUGUCAUAAAUUUAACAUUAAGGAGGAAACAUUAGAAAAUUACCUAGUUCAGUUUGAACAUAUCUCAUCUACUUACAAUCUAAACAAUGAGGAUAUGGCAAAACAUCUGCUAGCAAAUUUAUCAGGAGAACCCCUAAACAUAAUAAGCACACUCACAACUGAACAAAAGAAAGAUUACAUAGCUGUUAAAACUAGACUCUUGGAACAUUUCGGGAAAAGCGAAGACUAUUAUAGAAAACUCUUUAAAAAGAUUAAACUAAACAAGGAUGGAGACUUCAACAGAAUAAUUUUUGACAUGAAGGCAAAUAUGCUUAAAUGGUUAGAGCUAGCUAAAUGUGAUAUAAAAGAUCCUAUUCAAAUUUUAGACAUGAUCCUAAUUGACAAUGUACUAUCUAAUGUCACAGAUUUAGUGUUCACUUUUCUUAAAGAAAAGAAAGUAAAGACAGAAACUGAUCUCAUUACUAAUUUAAACCUUUUUAAAGAUAGCCAUCCUGGGCACACUAUGGACAAAAGAGAGCUACAUCAAUUGGCCGCCACAGUUAAUACAGCUAAUAAUAGCAAUAGUAAUGAUAGAUUUAAAUUUUCUAAUUCAAAAACUUGCUUUAAUUGUGGGAAGAAGGGCCAUGUUAAAAGCCAAUGCAGACAAACUAGCACUAGCAACUUCAGAUAUAGAAGUUACACCAAUUACCACAACCCUAGCAACUACAAUCAAAAUAAUUACAACAAUCAUAGUAACUAUAGCAACCAAUUUAGAAACUACAGAUCCAACCAGAGUGCAAGCCCCAGAGAAAGAAGGAGCCUUAGGAAUAACAACUCCUAUUACAAUAACUAUAAUACUAAUAGACAAUCAAGGAGGGACACAUACAACCAUCAGUCCAACUACAACAACUAUCAAAACAGGAAUAGAAAUAGAGGCAAUACCAAUAACAAUACACAAAGAGAAGAGAAUGUAGCCUACUUACAAACAGACAUGUCUAAGGUAAAUGUUUUUCCCUCAUAUGUAAACUCAGUAGAAAUUAAAGCAAUGAGAGAUACUGGUGCAACAACAUCAAUAGUAAGAUCCAAUCUAGUCAAACCAGAACAAUAUUUAGAAGAAACUGUUAAGGUCAUUUAUGCCAACAUAAAAAAAUUUGAUAUAUUAUAUGUAAAACCGCCAAGGUCUGGAUUGAAUCUCCCUGGAUCACAGGCGAGAUAA